CAUAACAAAUUUGUGUUGUUUAAAUUACACUUAUGAAGGUAAUUCUGCAUGAAUGAUGACUUGACGUCUAUUUAAAUGUGAUGUUACGAUCUAGAAUGGAUGGCUGCUUGGUCGUGCGGUUUGCGCGCUGGACUGUCGUUCGGAUUUAUCGACGGUCGAGGGUUCAAACCCUGUCCGCUCCCAUCCCCCGUCGUCCUGCGGGAGGUUUGGACUAGUCACUAGGAAGUAAACUAUCUUCAACUCUGAAGGAACAUCCGAAAUAUCGUUUUGACCCACCAUCGGUUAACAUGGAACAAGAGAGAAGAGAGCUUGUUGCUGGCUAAGCUGGACAAUUAGAUUAAUAAGCAGAGGUUGAGAUCCACUAAAAGUACCAUGAUGGCUGAUACAAGUCGUGACGCUACUCUUGCUCUGAGCUAUACAUUAAAACAAAUGAAAGAUGAAAUGGAUGAAAAAGAUUUGUUUGCACAACAAUGUGAAGAACAAUACUUUAAGGUGUCAAACCUAGAAAUUGAUAAGAUUGAAGAAGAACAAUCAGCCCUGUGUAGACAGCAAUCAGAAAGCAGUUCCUGUGCUCAAACUUCAGAUUCAAACUCCGGACAUCAGGGAAUUACUGUAAAGCAAGAGAUGGAAAUGAAUGAUUGUACAGAUAGUAAUGAACCAUGGACCCUUGCUUGUAAACUACUGGAAGUGUCAACGAAAGCAGACAACGAACUUUACCCUGUACCUAUCAUAAUGCCUGGACACACCACUGUCACCAAAGUGUCUGAGAGUCAGCAGAUACAGGAAAUGAUAUCAAAAAGAGAAAUGGAUUCGGAAAGUUGUUCAUUCAUGACUAUCAAAAAGGAGGACACGAAACAAAACCAUCCUAACGAGGCUACUUUAGACAAAGAAAUGCAGCUUUCUUCUUGCCAUCAAAUAGAAAAUCACCAGUGUGAAAUAUGUCUAAAAGAACACUUUGACGCCUCAUGUUGUAAACAACACCAGCAAAUUCAUACUGGUGAAAAACAUUUCCAAUGUCCAACAUGUCUAAAAACAUUUUCUCAGUCACAAUAUUUAAAAAAGCACCAGAGAAUACAUAGUGGUGUAAAACCCUUCAAAUGUCAGAUAUGUCUAAAAGAAUUUUCUCAGUCUUAUAAUUUAAAAGAACACCAGAGAAUUCAUACUGGUGAAAAACCUUUUAAAUGUCAAAUAUGUCUUAAAACUUUUUCUCAGUCACGGUUUUUAAAAAAGCACCAACUAAUUCAUACUGGUGAAAAACCUUUCAAAUGUCUAAUAUGUCUAAAAGAAUUUUCUGAGUCAUAUAAUUUAAAACGACACCAGAGAAUUCAUACUGGUGAAAAACCUUUUAAAUGCCAAAUAUGUCUUAAAAGUUUUUCUCAGUCACGGUUUUUAAAAAAGCACCAACUAAUUCAUACUGGUGAAAAACCCUUCAAAUGUCAAAUAUGUCCAAAAGAAUUUUCUGAGUCUUAUAAUUUAAAAAAGCACCAUCGUGUACAUACUGGUGAAAAACCUUUCAAAUGUCAAAUAUGUUUAAAAGAAUUUUCUAAGUCUCAAAAUUUAAAAGCACAUCUGCGAAUUCAUACUGGCGAAAAACCUUUUAAAUGUCAAGUAUGUCUAAAAGAAUUUUCUAAGUCUCAAAAUUUAAAAGAACACCAGAGAAUUCAUACUGGUGAAAAAUCUUUAAAAUGUCAAAUAUGUCUUAAAAUAUUUUCCCACUCUCAAGUUUUAAAAAAGCACCUGCUAAUUCAUACUGGUAGAGAAUUUUUUCAGCCUCAUAAUUUAAAAGAACACCUGUUAAUUCAUACCAGUGAAAAACCUUUCAAAUGUGAAAUAUGCCUAAAACAAUUUUCUCAGCAUCAUAAUUUAGAAAAGCACCAGCAAAAUCAUACUAAUGAAAUAAAUUUAAAAUGUCAAACAUGUCUAAAAGAAUUUUCUCAGCCUUCUGCUUUAAAAAAACACCAGCGAAUUCAUACUGGUGAAAAACCUUUUAAAUGUCAAACAUGUCUAAAAGAAUUUUCUCAGGCUUAUAAUUUAAAAGAACAUCAGCGUGUUCAUACUGGUGUAAAACCUUUCAAAUGUCAAUUAUGUCUAAAAGAAUUUUCUCAGGCUUAUAAUUUAAAAGAACAUCAGCGUGUUCAUACUGGUGUAAAACCUUUCAAAUGUCAAGUAUGUCUAAAAGAAUUUUUUCAGUCUCAAAAUUUAAAAAAGCACCAGCUGAUUCAUACGAGUGAAAAAACUUUCAAAUGUCAGAUAUGCCAAAUAGAACUUUCUCAGUCUUAUAAUUUAAAAAAGCACCAGCGAGUUCAUACUGGUGAAAAACCUUUCAAAUGUCACGUAUGUCUAAAAGAAUUUUCUCAGGCUGGUAAUUUAAAAGCGCACCAGCGAAUUCACACUGGGGAAAAACCUUUCAAAUGUCACAUAUGUCUAAAAGAAUUUUCUAAGUCUCAAAAUUUUAAAAAGCACCAGCGAAUUCAUACUGUUGAGAAAUCCUUGUCAAGUCCAAUCAAUUGAAUAGAUCUUCUGGUUCUGAUUGAAUUAAUCAUUUAUUGAUUGAAGCUGUUGAAUAUCUUUAAAAAAUUACUGGUGAUGCAGUAUGUCAGAAGUGAAUUUUCUAGAUGUUUAGUUUUUAAAAAGCUGUCAACAGUCAUCAAGAUAAAGAAAAUAGAAGUGCCAGUAUGUAUUGUGGCUCUUCAGAGAUGAUUUCAAUGCAGACAUCACAGUGUAGGAGUCAAUUUGUCAAGCAGGGAUGUUUGACAUUUGCAAGUAAAUCUUUUCCAACUGGAGUUGUGGUGUAGCAUGGUUUCAUCAGGACCCACAAAAAAGCCUUUUGUAACAAAAUAGAAAAAAAAGGUGUUGACUUUAAAAAUAAAUAUCUAUAAAACAUU